GGACCGCGGUAGUGCGACUAAAGAAAGGCCCGAACCUAUCUCCUAGCCAUGACGUGCUUGUGACCUACGUGGAGCUGCAAGAUAGAUCGAAAGUUGGAUUAUUUAUCUUUAAAUCCGCCCGUGGAGCCAUUUGUGUACACGGCGGUGCUGCGCUCGUUUUGAAGGCGUCAAGUGACAGGUGUCGAGAUGUAGUGAAGAUGAAGCCCAUCUCGACGUACCAGAAAGGCUUUUGUAUUCAUUCCAAUCCCUUUUUGUCCAACAACCUCUCGCUUUAGAAAGGACAAUAGAACGGAACCGCAAGUGGUGCUGCAGCAUGGGGAUAAUCCCAAUUCACAAUUAAUCCUCUUGCUUAAUUGGCGAAGGGCUGCAGAAUUGCGUGAUGCACCACGCAUGGUGAUUGAGUUUGUUUUUAAAGACACAAUCCGCGACAGCGCCACGUUUCAAGAUGGUGUUCCGGAGUGAGGAGAUGUGCUUGACCCAGUUGUUCCUGCAAUCCGGUUCGGAGUACGACUGCAUCAGUGAGCUCGGUGAACUGGGCCUGGUUGAGUUUCGAGAUCUCAAUCCCAGCGUGAGCUCCUUCCAGCGGCGCUUUGUCAGCGAGAUCAAAAGAUGCGAGGAGAUGGAGCGGAUUCUGGGUUAUCUUCUGAGGGAAAUCCAAAAGGCUAAGAUUGCCGUUCCUGAGGAAGAUGAGAGUCCACUUGCGCCUCCGCCAAGACAAGUGUUGGAGAUCAUGGAGCAGCUUCAGCGACUUGAGAUGGAGCUGAGCGAGGUGGCGAGGAACAAAGAGAAACUACGCAGGAACCUACUGGAACUCAUCGAGUACACGCACAUGUUGAAGAUCACUCGCAACUUCAUACACAGCCGCUCCAGACAUGAGGCUCUUGGUCCUCAGUAUGAAGAAUUCCCCUCCAUGGACACAGACUCUGUGUCAGGCUACACUGGCAUGCAAAGACUCGGAGCCAAACUUGGAUUCAUCUCGGGCCUCAUCCAGCGGGUAAAAGUGGAAGCCUUUGAGCGCAUGCUAUGGAGGGUGUGCAAAGGUUACACCAUCCUCAGUUAUGCAGAAGUGGAGGAGAACCUGGCCGACCUCGAUACGGGUGAGAUAAGCAAGAACGUUGUAUUCCUCAUCUCCUUCUGGGGGGACCAAAUCGGACAGAAGGUUCAAAAAAUCUGCGAUUGCUACCACUGCCAUCUUUAUCCUCACCCCGAAAACGACGAAGAGAGGGCGGAUAUGUUGGACAGCUUACGAACGCGCAUCCAAGAUCUCAAUAAUGUUUUGCAUCGCACCGAGGACUACCUGAAGCAGGUGCUGCAGAGGGCGGCGGAGUCUGCGUACGCUUGGGUCGUGCAGGUGAAGAAGAUGAAGGCCAUCUACCACAUCCUCAACCUGUGCAGUUUCGACGUCACCAACAAGUGUUUGAUCGCUGAGGUGUGGUGUCCUGUCAGCGACCUGGCCAACCUACGGGGGGCGCUAGAGGAAGGCUCGCGAAAAGGCGACGCAACCGUUCCAUCAUUUGUGAACCGCAUCCCGAGCGCCGACACCCCUCCCACUUUAGUCCGAACCAACAAGUUCACGUGUGGAUUUCAAAGCAUCGUGGAGGCCUACGGAGUCGGGGACUACCGUGAGGUCAGCCCAGCGCCCUAUACCAUCAUCACAUUCCCCUUCCUGUUUGCCGUCAUGUUCGGCGAUCUGGGCCACGGAGCGGUGAUGACCUUCUUCGCCCUCUGGAUGGUGCUUACAGAAAACAAACAAACGAGGAAACGCUCCAGUAAUGAGAUAUGGGCAACCUUCUUCAACGGACGCUACAUCAUCCUGAUGAUGGGGCUCUUCUCCGUCUACACGGGCUUCAUUUACAACGACUGCUUCUCCAAAUCGCUCAAUAUAUUCGGCUCAGGCUGGAGUGUCAAGGCCAUGUUCACCAGUCAGCAGUGGACGAACAAAACACUCCAAACAAACACUUUGCUCACAUUAGACCCCAAUGUUAGCGGAGUGUUCACGGGUCCGUACCCUUUUGGAAUCGACCCUAUAUGGAGCAUGGCGGUGAACCGACUGUCCUUCCUCAAUUCAUAUAAGAUGAAGAUGUCCGUGGUCAUCGGUGUCAUCCACAUGACUUUUGGUGUGGUUUUGAGUGUCUUCAAUCAUUUGCACUUCCAGCAGAAGUAUGAUGUCUAUCUGCUGUUUCUCCCCGAGCUGCUCUUCCUGCUCUGUCUCUUUGGCUACCUGGUUUUUAUGAUCCUUUACAAGUGGUUGGCCUUCUCGGCGCGGGACUCCAGUCAGGCUCCCAGCAUCCUCAUCCACUUUAUUAAUAUGUUCGUCAUGCAGGGCAAGGACGUCGCUCCUUUGUACCCGGGACAGACGGGGUUACAGAUUUUCCUGCUGGCCAUCGCCAUUCUGUGUGCUCCCAUGCUGUUGCUAGGAAAACCUCUGUUCCUAUACUGGAUGCAUCGCGGAGGCAAAGGCCUACGCAGGCGCAGGGGCUACGAGAGGGUGAGACGUGCUAGUGAGGAUGACAGUACAGCUGCACCAGUUUAUGAGGACGAUGAAGAGGAGCAACUUGAUGAGAUGACCCACAGGGACCUUCGUCCCAGAGAGUUUGACUUUGCCGACGUGCUCCUGCACCAGGCCAUCCACACCAUCGAGUAUUGCCUGGGCUGCAUCUCCAACACUGCCUCGUACUUGCGGCUCUGGGCCCUCAGCUUAGCGCACGCGCAGCUGUCUGAGGUCUUGUGGGAUAUGGUGAUGCGUCUAGGCCUGAGGGUCACAACCCGAGUGGGGGUAGUCUUUUUAGUGCCUGUGUUUGGCCUCUUCGCUCUGCUCACUGUGUCCAUCCUGCUGGUCAUGGAAGGUUUGUCCGCCUUCCUCCACGCGCUCCGAUUGCACUGGGUGGAGUUUCAGAAUAAAUUCUACCACGGGACAGGUGUCAAGUUUAUACCCUUUGACUUCUCGCUGCUGCCCUCGGUUUUCGAGCAAGACGGCCUCCUCUAAAUUGAAAGCUCAAGUGAAAGUAGGCCUUUUUCACUGGAAGGGAUGCUGCAUACACUGGGACAAUUUUCACUGUGAAAAUGACAAGGAACCCUCAAGACGAUGGUAAUUCACUCUCUUAGCAAUCUUUUUUUCCCCUCUGUGACGAAAUCAUCAUGAAAAAACAAAAAAUCCUACCUGCUGACUGCCUUAUUUCUCCACCCAGCAAAAAUCACAGGUUCUACAAUUGUUACUGAUGGUAAAAUUCAGUUGAGAUAUCGUAAAACUCCCUAAGGCACACCAGCGAGCUUAUGUUGUGCUGUGUGUGACCUACACUGGAUUGAAAGUGUCAUACAGCACAAUGUACAGUAACCAUUUCUAAAUUCACAAUGUAGUGCCAUACAGAUGAACAAUUUGGGUGCACCCCUUUCUCAUAAUUUUAUCAAACAAGUGAACAUCUCUCUAGCAAAGAAGCACUUUUCAGAAAUGAUUGUAUAACAAUUUUACGUUGAUGCUUGUGACGAUGCCAAAUCCAAACAAUAUAUUGGCUGUUUGCUUAUUAUUCAUUCAUUUAAAUGUAACCUUCCCUGUUAUAUGCAGAAAGAAAAUGCAACCACUGCUUAUUGUAUAUGUUGAUCUGGUUAUUAUGCUAUUUAUUUAAACAACUCUGUAUAAAAAAUCUUGAUAUUUUCACGUGUUAAAUAAAGCUUUCAAGACUCACAAGCAA